AACAAUUUCAACUCCGAAAACUGUUGAUAAACCAUUUUGAUAAUAAUCGUUUCCAUCAUCAUCACAUUAUCAUCGGAAGAAAAUGAUUACACCAAAAUUUGAAUGCAUUCAAAAUGAUGAAUUUGUGAUAGUGACUAUUUACAUUCCUCAUGUAAAGAUGACGGAAAUGGAAUAUAGUAUUGAUAAUAAUUCUAUUGAAGAUGAAGAUUAUGCUCAUACUAAAUCAUUGUUUAGAUUUUAUGUUAAACCAUACUUUUUAAGAUUACAUUUUGCACAAGCAUUACAAGAUGAAGGAAGUAAUGAUUUUUCAAAGUAUGAUCCCGAUAAUGAAAAGUUAAUUGUUCAUUUACCUAAAAAGAAUAGAGGAGAAUAUUUUGAAAAUCUUAAUAUGAUUACAUGGUUAUUAGGAUCGAAUAGAGAAACACAAGGAACUACUUCAUUAUUUAAUAAUUUGACAAGUAAUAAUAUCAUUGCUGAACCAACUGCACGUGAUGAGAAGAAAGCUCCACUGAUUGAAGUUGUCGAAAGUAAUAAUGAUGAUGAAAAUAAUGAAAUGGAUGAUGAAGAAGGUGGUGGAAUGUAUGAUGACAGUGGUGUUUCUGAAUGGGAACAACAAUUACCAGGUGAUAAGAGUGCGUCUGAAGUGAUGAAGGAAGAAUUAGGUAUUGCCAAAGUUUAUUAUGGAUUCAAUAAGCAAUUUACUGAUAUUUUCACAAAAUUCUCAGAGGAAUAUAUUAAAGAAAUUAUUGAUACACCUUAUCCAGAAGUUUUACCACAAGAGGAAAGAAGAAAGAUUAGAGAAAUGGAAGAAGUUGAUGCAUUUGAUCCUGAACAUUAUCUUCUCGAUAUGAUGAAUAAGGAUAGAGAUAUCAAGAUGAUUUUUGAUUAUAAACCAGCUUGGACAGUUAAUCCACAACCAGUUCAAUGGACAGAGAAGGAGCAAAAGAUGCUCUCUGAAUUACCAAAGAAGGAAUAUUUAAUUUCAAACGAGUUAUCUGUCUAUUGUGGUCUAGUUGAUUUGCUCUGCACAUUUGCUUACAAUUAUAGAAGUUUUAUGGGAGAAAAUAACGUUGAAAGCUCUUGGACUAUUUGCAAGAUGAGUUCACAAUUAUCCUGGUUGGAAGAAUUGACCAAUCUGAAAGAUACUUUACAAAUUUUCAUCAGUCGUUCAUGUUGCUUUGCAUUAUACAGAAACUUUGAUUUGGCCCUCCAAUGUAUCAAAGAUGUUGUCGAUUUACUCAUUCUAGGAAAGGAAUAUGUAUUGAGAGCUCUUUUAGAAAUUAAGGAUAUUUUAGCUCACACUUUGGACAAGUAUUUACUCAACAAGAUUUAUGUUGAUAAUUAUUGUAUAUGGAUCCAAGGUGUCUCCAACCAAUCUCUUUCACAAUUAGGUCAAGCCAUUCUCAAAGUUGUCAAUGAAGAUUUCCUUGGCCAAAGAAGUGAAUUCCUAAUUUCCAAUGCAGUUUCACUCAAAAAACUCGAAGAUUAUGCUCAAGAUUCUCUCGAAGAAGUUGGUGGAAAUGUCGAUGAUCUCGUAAUGACUGAACAAGAUAAAGAAAGACCACUGGCUCUUUAAAACUGUGAACUAACUAAAAUACCAAUUAAUUUCGAAUAUUGUAUGAGCAGCUAAAAAAUUCCCGCCAAAAAUUUCUACAACACAACCAAUAUCCUCAACUGUAUUUAUCUCUCACUACAAAUUCAUGCUCAAACAAAAUCACAAUUAAAAAAAAAACAAAGAAACCCUUCUUU